AUGUCAUUUUGUGUAGAAAAAGUGUCUCAAUCUCAUAACAAUGAAAUUGGAUGAUUUUUCUUUUAUUUCGAAUUAGUCGAAUUUUAUACUCUAUGAACAAAAUUUUGUCAAGUUAUUAGUAAAGGAUUUUUUUUCUUAUUAAAAAAUAAAAUUAAUAAUUGAAAUUUAUUAAAAAUUAAUUUUUACAAUUUUAUUGAAACAUGUUGCUCUGCGACUUGAAGUUGGUUCCUAUUCGUGUCGAAUACAUAAAAUUUACAUUUUUCGAUCCUCGCCCCUUCCUAAGUUUGUUGAUCGUUAUAAACAUGAAUAAUUGCAGUUUUUCGUCAUAAAAUUAAUAUUUCAAAGUAAUUAAAUAUUUAGUAAAAGUUUAAUGACGCGAAGGUCAUGAAUUUGUUUAUUAUGAAGAAUAUGUCAGGAGUACCAACUUUGGAAGUCAGUAAACAAACAGAGUGUAGGGAUUGUUAUUAAUUUGAUAAUUUGGUACUCCUGCUUGAACUGAAGAAGACAACUUUGGAAUCGGGAUUAGUGAAGAAUAAAAAUUAUUUCUUGAAAUUCAGUCAGAAUUGAUUAAACAUUUUUUAACAAAGUUUAUAAAAAAAAUAACGAUUCUAUGCAAUGUGUUUUUAUCAUUAUUAUGUUUAUGCAUUUUAACAUUAUUCUAUGACAUUAAGAUAAUCGGAUGGAGGUCGUCGUCAUCAAAAUGUGGAUGAGAGAAAAGUCGAGUGUCGAAUUUGUUGAUUGUCCUGCGAAUUUGUUUUUUUUUUUUAAACACGUUUGUAUGUGACUAUAAUGAAAAUACAAUGAAAAACGGAUUGAGAGAAUGGAGAUGAAAAACGGAACGAAAGUGAUAAGAAUAAGAAGGCUGAGAGGUUAUCAAAAUACGGGGAGAAAUUUCCAUCAGUCAAAUCCUGGAGUUAAAUUUCAAACCGAUUCAUGUGAGAUAUGUGAGUCAUUCGCUAAAAGUACAAUCAUCAAUGGCAGAAAUCAAGAGAGACAGGAUGAAGAGGAAAAGAAAAAAGGAUAAUAAGGUGUGACCUAAAGAGCAUCAGGCAUGGCCAGCAGCACGGAGGAUUACGGAUCCGAGCUGCAGGAGUUACAGUGGGGUAGGAACACUGGUUCCCACUACUUACGUAGUGGUUCUCAUUUUAUGAGAACAGGGACCAGCGGUUGUUACGAGGCUGAGGACUUGGAACCAACGAGUAGACAUCACACGAUGUCCAGUCAACAUCGAGGAUACUACAGUCCACCUGGAACGAGUUAUACAAUUGUUGAAAGGCCACCCAGUGCCCCCCAACAUCAUUCCUCCCAUACCACCCCUUAUCGGCAUCGUGGACAUGCUUCGGGAACAGGACCCAUUUCGCCUGAACAAGUCAUUAGGCUCUUUGGCGGCAAUGGUCUCGCUUCCGAUAGACGAAAAGGUGAUAAAAGAACUCCAGCUUCCAGUCCAGCUAGUGUGUCAGCCCUUAGGAGUUCAUCCUCAUCAUCUCAGCAGCAACAACAACAACAACAGCAACAACAACAAAACGCCCAAAGUCCUCAAACUCCUCCUGGACCUCAGGCUCUAAGUUUACAGGAACUCACUGUAAGGACAGUGACCAUGACACGUGAACCUCCAGAAUCACAUCACGGUUUCGGCAUCUGUGUUAAAGGUGGAAAGGACGCCGGGGUGGGAGUUUACAUUUCGAGGGUGGAAGAAGGUUCGGUGGCCGAACGUGCUGGACUCAGGCCAGGAGACACCAUCUUGGAAGUGAACGGCACGCCCUUUCGGGCUGUCACCCACGAGGAAGCUUUAAAGAUGUUAAAAUCUUGUCGGACAUUGAGUAUGACAGUACGAGGUCCAGCAUUGGAUCCUCGUUGUCGAGGUGGUCAUCCAGUAUGGACCGCUACCGGAAGACAACAGUCUUGCAGUUGGAUGGACCGACAGGGUCGACCAGCAUCGCCACCUCCACUUCAUCCGCGUGACUCACGUUAUGGUCCAAGAACUCGUAAGGUUGAACUUUGCAUAGAACCUGGUCAAUCUCUUGGACUUAUGAUUAGAGGUGGUCUCGAGUAUGGUUUGGGUAUUUAUGUAACUGGAGUCGACAAAGACAGUGUCGCCGAUCGUGCUGGCCUUUUGAUAGGCGAUCAAAUACUUGAAGUGAAUGGACAAAGCUUCGAGGAAGCAACUCACGACGAAGCCGUCCAGAUUCUUAAAACGAAUAAAAGAAUGUCUCUUCUGAUUCGUGAUGUUGGCAAAGUGCCCCAUUCCUGUACGACAAGUACACCGAUGGUUGUUCCUGUGUCUAGGUAUCCGGAUCAUGAUUCAAUGAUACUUGAAAGUCCCCCAAAUCAUCGACCUCCUAGUCCUGCGAAUAGCACUAACGAAUGGAGGCAUCGAGGUGUUCAUUCUGUAUCAGCAGCCACAGCGGCAAUGGUGGAAGAGAAAGCGAGGGUUGUUCUUGCCAGAAGUGAAAGAGCAGCCCUUUCACAACUUUUGGCUGAUUAUAGAACUCGAAGGAUAACAGUUGAGGAACUUGUGGCAAGUCUAGCUGAUCUUCUAAACACUCAUGAAAAGCUCACUUUGCUCAUUGAACUUAGAGAACUUGUCGACAGCAAAGAUAGAGUCUGCUUUGAUGAUUUAGUCUACAGGCCACGUGUCGCAAUGUCCAGAAGAAAAGGAGAUCGAGCCUAUUCGGAUUUAGUGGUAACUCCGUCGCUUCAUGACCUUCCGAGGGGUGCAUCCGGUGGUUAUUGCCGAGCAGGACGACUGGCAGACGUCGAGGCUGAUCCCAGAGGAAUCAAGGGACCACAACCAUCAAGGGAAACACAGGAAUAUAGGUCACCCAGCGAGGACAGCGGUCUCGGGUCCGAUAUGCCCAGGACCAGAGUGGGCUACAGAAAGGGUCAUCAGUACCAGGUCGCCACUUCUGACCUCGCCCUCUCCAACGAUGACGAGUGUGACAAUCAGGAUUAUGACGAUGAGAUUGAUAAUGAUCGAGGACGUCGACACAGUUCCCCUGGAAGUUCUCGUGGAAAUUCGCGGGAUUAUCAUCAUCGUUUGCAUGCCGAUAAUUUGGAAAGCGAUGGAGGUUGCGAUGGUAGCGACGCCGAGAUGAUUGGUAAUGGGAGGAGAAGAGAUCGUGAUCGUGAUCGUGAUACUGAGGAUGAUGAAGAAGGAAGGGAGGACAGGAACUCGGAGAGUGGGGGAGGUUUUGGUGGUUGGAGGUCUCACCUCGGUGGCCUUACUCAACGCGUCAAAUCCUGGUACUGGGGCGCCAGACCCCUCUUUUGCUCGUUUCAGGAACUCGCGCACAAGUUAUCACGCAGCUUUGACAUGCAAGGUGCACAGCUUCUUGACGAAAGUGGUUCCGGAAGUGGAACCACUGGAAGUGCAGGCUCAGGUGGACCACCCCGAAGACACCACAGUGCCCAGAGAUUGGCGAGAGGCGAUCUCUCUGAAAGGAGAGACGAGGAUGCUGCUCUAGUUGUACCUGAUCAUCAGGGUAAUCUGAGAAUCACUGUCAAGAAAACCAAAUCUAUUUUGGGUAUUGCCAUUGAGGGAGGUGCAAACACCAAACAUCCACUGCCUAGAAUUAUCAAUAUUCAUGACAAUGGAGCAGCUUAUGAAGCUGGUGGCCUCGAGGUGGGUCAACUUAUUCUCGAAGUCGACGGACACAAGGUCGAAGGGCUACAUCAUCAGGAAGUAGCUAGACUGAUAGCAGAGUCUUGGGCGCGGAGGGAUCGUAAUGACAUCGAGUUCCUUGUAGUUGAGGCCAAGAAGAGUAACUUGGAGCCGAAACCAACAGCCUUGAUUUUCUUAGAAGCGUAGCAAGAAUCUCCCACCUCGGAGUCUGAUGUACCAUAGCAAAGAGCCCCCAGAGUACUUGUUUUGAGAAAAGUCGAUUUGGAUGCUGAGGAACAAGAAGGUGCCGAAUGAAAAAGUGAUUGAAUUCAAAAUGAGAAUUCCACUCCUAUAUACUUCUUUCUCCUAGUCAGUCUCCGAAUAGUCGUAUGUGGCAUUAAAUAGAAACAAAUAAAAGAAUCAGGAUAAAAGAAAAGUAAGAAAUUAGAAAACGAAUCAGAAAAAAAAUCCGAGAAUCAAAGACUGGUAAUAGAGGGGAAAAAAGAGUAAAAAAUAAAGUACACUCGAACUAGAAAAAUUAUUACCAACAUAAAGUUAAAAAAAUUCGAAAAUUAGUCAUAAAAAAAAUUAUCUAGGAUAAAAAAUUAAUAAAAACUUGAAAAUUAAUCAAGACGAUAGGGAUGGAAAAAUUUUACAAAAAAAAAAGAAGAAGUCUUCUUUUCUGUAACAAUGAAAAACCACAGUGAUAAAAGAAGUUGCCAACGUAACCCUUGCAUUUUGAUUCUUCAAUUCAAAGAAAAAGCAUAUGUAAAAAAGUACAAAAUAAAUCUAAGAGAAAAAUGAUGUAGACGGAGACAGAGGAAGAAGAGAGAAAAAAAGGGGGAAAAAAAUCAAAUUAUUUCUUCUUUGAUUCUGAUGCUGUGAUCACCAUUGCCAUGAUAUAACAUGUCAAUAAAAGGACUCUCGAGAAACAAGGUACUGUUUAUAAAAUACUUAAUAUCUGACCCUGGUGGUGGGAAAAUUUACGCUAAUCUGAUUUUGAAGCUUUUAAUCGUAAGAGACUUGAAUGAAGAAACAAAGUUACCUAUCUCAAUUUAAGUUAAAAAUUCUACUUUUAAAUGAUAAUGUAUGUGUGAGUGUGUGAAAGAAUAAGAAAAAAAGAGAGAGAAAAAAAAAUAAACUGUGGUAACAAUUUGCAUUCAGUAUUAUAAAGACUAGUCAGUGAAUAUGAUUGACGAGUAAUAGAAAAAAGCGUCAACUGUGCCAAAGUUCUUUUUUUUUUUUUUACUUAUUUUCAUAUUUUUCUAAUUAAUUUAUGAAUAAAAAUUUUUCUUUACUAAUUAUAUCACUAAAUUGUUACUAUUAAUUUUCAACAUAAUUUUCAAUUAAAAAUUUAAAAAAUUCUAGUUUCUUCACUAUUGACACGAUUUAAACAAUUUAAAAAUUACUUUCGAUAAAUUUUAAUUAAAAUAUAAAUAAAAUUUAUGUACAGGAAUUAAAAAAAAUUGUUUCAGUCACCUUUUUUUUUUGAAAUUAUUAUAAACUUUUCAUUUCUAGAAAAAAGUCAAUUUAAACUAAAACACCAGUUUUUGAUUUCAAUUUUCUGUUAUUAAUUUUAUUUGUUUUCCGAAACAAUGGGAGAAAAAAAAUAAUUGACACAGUUUACGCACAAUUAUUUGAAUUUCUUAACGAGAAAAUGCAUUAUUCACUGUUGACCUAAUCUGUUAUAAAAGUUUCUUGUUAUCUGAUGAAAACCAUAAAGAGUAAAAAAAAAAAUUAUUACACUUUUUUGCAAAUAAUUUUACAUAGACAGAGAGAAAAAAAUAACUGUUUCUCAAUAAUAAACUGAAAAAAUAAAAUAAAUUGUUUUUGAAAAACAGACUGAAAAAAGAGGAGAAAAAAAAUUAUUCUAAAAAGGAGUUUAAAACAUAAAUUCAUUUGAAAAAGAAAACAAACUAAAAAAUAAAAUAAAUCUAUUCUGAGAAAUGUGGUGAACGUUAAAUGGAAAAUACCAUUGUUAAAUAUUUUCAAAAAUUGUUAAAUAUUGUAAACAUUUUUUUUUACAAUAACAAUUUUCUUGAAUAGAAAAUUAUAAAAUAAUCCAAGGAAAUAUUUGUACUCUUUAUGAUUUUCAUCUUGUGCCACGUGUCGUAUACAAUGUAAUAUAUAGACUUAUUAUGGGAAUUGUUAAUGCUUACAAAGUAUAUUAUAUAUUAGUACUGAUACAUGAAUAUAUUAAUAUACAUACCUGAUAAUGCCGAAAAUUGCAGUAGUGAAAUUGUAAAAUAUGCUAGAUGCGAAACUUUUGCAAAUGUAUUUAGAACAAUUAAAAAAAGUACACAUGCAAAAGUGAUAAAAUAUAUACGAUAUUUUCAAAAGUUAACAUUUUAGCUCGCAAUAUUAUUGUAGUUUUUAAAAAUAUUGAUUCUCUGACAGAAACGUUAAAUCGCGGAUUGUCGUCUAAAAUGAUAAAAAAAAAAAAAAAAAAAACAAUUCUAAUAUGUAUAUAUAUAUAAUAUAUAUUUAUAUCUUUAAAUUCAUUAGAUUUUAAAUAUUUUGUAAAAAGAACUGAAAAAAUAAAAUUUAUAUUAUGAUAACUGUAAAUAAUUUAUAUGUUAUUAAUUGAAAAUUUUUAUUUAAAAAAUGUUUAAUAUGUUGAAAGUAAUUGAUACUAUAAUAAUAAUUUAUUAUUAAAAAUUAAUUAAAUAAUUAGUUAAAUUAAGUAAUUUACUAAAUAUUUGGAUUAAUCAACCAAAUAAUUAAUUAUAAUGUAGCUAAUUAAUUUGUAUAAUAUUGUUAUUAUAUUUUUGUUAAUUAUUUCUAAUAAUGUUGAUAUUUUAUUGAUAAAUUAAAUUUGUUAUCACACUUAUAUUUACAUAGAAAACAAAAAAAAAAAAAAAAAUUGGCCCUAAGAAUGUAAUUAUUUUGAAACGUUAAAUUUAUAUUCAUAGCGUAUAUACAUAAGGACGAUAAUCUGCGAUUUCUCGCCAACGCUGGUUGCAAAAUUAGUGAUGUGAAAUAAUUACAAAAAACGUACAAGAAAGCCAAGCAAAUUUUUGUGAGAAAAUGCCUAUGCUCGAGUGUAUAAGUGUAUAGAGUUAUAUUAUCUAGUAUCUUUUACUAGGACCAUUAAGUUGGAAAUGUGCCAAAGUAGUGCAAUAGAUUUGCAAAGUUCCUCAUUUUUUUAACAUGAAUAAGAAAAAAAAAGGAAAAUUUUUAAAAAAUUUUGCUUCUUCAAUUUAUAAGAAAUAAUUUGACAUUUUUGACUACAUAUUUUUUUCAAAUAAAUUUUUAUUUUAAGUAGAAUUAAAUUGUAGAAAUUUCAAUUAAUUUUAUGCUUAAAAGAACAUUUACUAAUUUUUUAAAAAUUCAAUUUUCAAAUUCAAUUGACAGAUUUUAAUUAAUUAUUACUUUAAUUAUUAUUAUUAUUAUUAUUAUAAAAAAUUCAUAAAAACAUUGUUUUAUUUUUUAAAUAUUAAAAAAAAAUUUAUUUAAUAUUUAUCAUUUUAAAAAUGAGGAAGAUUGCAAUAUUAAUUAUUAAGCUAUGCAAAUUUGUGAGAUAACUGAGUAUAAUAUGUAUAAUAAUAAUACUACUACUAAUAAUAAUAAUAAUUAGAGAGGGAGCGUUUUUAAUAUGGAAGAACCAAUGGCGUGGAAAGUUUUAUUUUGAAAAUAAGCGAAAGAAUGGAUGGUGUUUAAUCUUGAAUUGUUAUACACAUCGGGUUUUAUUCUACUCACUGUCUUUAUAAAUAGCACGCACAAUGAAGUUGAAAAUACGCACUGCUUUUAAUCAGCAGCUCUCUAAUUUAAAAAAUAUAUUUAACACAUUAAAUAAAAUUAACGAAUAGUGGUUUUUAAAUGGAAAAAUAAAUUUUUCCUAAUUAUAUUUCUCACAUAUAUAUAUUUUUAAAACAUUUUUCUUCUAUAUACCUAUGUUUAAUAAAAUAGAAAUUUUUUUUCUCAAAAAAUUUAUUGGAGAAAAAAUAUUUUUUAAAUUUUUGUUUACAUAUAGAAAAAAUUUCUUUGAUUUGAAAAAAUGUUCUCUUCUUGAAUAUAUUCGUUUUUUUUUAAUCCAAAAAAAAAUUAUUGAAGCGAGGCAAUUUAAAUUAGUUUAUUUACUACAGAUAUUUUUUUAAUUAAAAAAUUGUCUGAUCGUUGAUUUUUUAAUUAAAAAAAAAAAAAUUCUACAUUUUUCUCUUAAGAAACCACUAUUCAUCAAAAACUAAAAAAAAAAAUUUCUUAAAUUUGUGAAAAUUAGGAUUUUGAAGAAACAAAAAAAUUAAAAUAACGAAGAAUCUAUUCCAAUUAAUUAUUAAGAGGGUUUCAGACGAUUUUACUACUAAUUUAAGACUUUUACUGUACGUCGCGUCUGACCAUAAACGACCUGAACUACUUGGAAUAAUUUUCUUUAUUUUCUUUUUUAAUUUUACUAUAUUAUAUACGUGUAUAUAAUAAUGAAAAUAUAAACGAUAAAAUAAUAUAUAAUAUAUAUAUAUAUACAUAAUGAACACAGAUGCGACGCAACGGUUCAAGAAACGGUAGAGAUAAAUUUUUUCCGAGCGAAUCUUCUUCAAGCAAACUUUAAAUAAAAAAAUAUAUAUAUAUAUAUACAAUAUUAUAAAGAAAAAAACAAAAUAAUAAACAGAAAACUCGGCAAAACGGGCUCUGAGAGACAAAUAUUUUUGUAAGCUUUCGAAACGCGCAGUCCGAAUGGCCGGAAAUUUUCAGCUGACAUAUCCAACAAUGCCUUACUGCUUUACAUGUUGAAUAAUGUUACGGCGAAAUGGGACAAUGGACGACUAAAAACGCCCAACAGUCCUUAAAAAAAAAAAAAAAGAAAAAAAACACCCACGGAAGAUCCAUUAAGAGUCCCCAAAAUUCAUCUCCAACGAGACAUCCAGCAUUUAGUUUAUGAGAAGCGGUCUCAGAAAUAAUGUUUGCAAUUAAGAGAACCCUUUUUUUUAAAAAUAUUUAUGAUUUCAUGUCAGUGAACUGUAUUUUCCAUUUAUUAUACAUAUUAUAUAUUAUCAAGUCAGGAAAAAUAUUCUCAUCUCAUUUUUUUAGAAAUCAUUUUAAUAAACAUAUUAUUAUAUUAUAUAUAUUAUCAAGUCAUGAAAAAAAUUCAUCUCAUUUUUUUAAAAAUCAUUUUAAUAAACUUUUGAGAAUUUAUUAAUAAUAAUUGAUUCAAGUUCCACGUAUCAUUUAUCUGUACGUAAAUAUGCAAAGUGAUGUAAAAAUAAAAUCGGACAAGUGCGAGUUACACUCGCACUGA